AUGCCAAAACCAAACAAGUCUUCUGCGUCUUCCGGGACGAGGAAGAAACAUGCCAACAAGACUGGGAAGAAUCAAGAAGAUGUGCCCGAUAGACCCCUGCAGCGAGGGCAGAAGAAGCUUAGCAAGGCUCAACGAAAAGCUCUCCCACAAGUCAAGCAAUACAUCCCUCCUCCCAAGCCACCUGCACCACCUAUACCUGAUCCUCUGGACGGACAGGGACUAGCUAGGACUCUACCUGCCGAGCUCGUCGUGGUUCUCAGACGUUUGGGGAAGAAGGACGAUGUGACGAGGCGAAAGGGUCUGGAGGAUUUGAGACAGGGUUGGGUAUCGCAAGUGAUCCGCCGGGUGGACGAAGACGAUCAGGUCGAGAGGGAUAUAAAGGAGAAAGCAUUACUUGCUGCUGUCCCCGUCUGGAUGCAUAAUCUCGCCAGCCUUCUCCAAUCUCCCUUUCAUCGAACAUCAACCCUUCAGCUCCAUGGUGAACUUCUCUCCAUAGUCAGCAUAAGAACCGCUAUCAUCGACACCCUAAACCUUGGACUCCUUCCCAGCACUCAAAAUAGAGACGUGGUUGGAUCAUGGAUGGUCGCCGCCCUCGAGGAGGGACGGAGAGCAGGAGGUGCAGCGUUGCGCACUUGGCAAUCCUGCAUCUCCUGGACCGGAGAGGAGAAUAAUGGUCGCCUCGAUCUCAGCGCCUAUCUCCAAAACCUCUCUGAAUUCCUCUCGCAGUCUAUACUCAACCCUCCAUCUUUGCACGAUGACAUACACCCAGUCCCGAUCGCCUCCACGUCUGGAACUUUUAUCCCUGAGCCGAAAGGUAAGACCGCGAAAGGAAAGAUUGCGAUAAGGGCGCCUCAGUUUGAAGUAGAGGAAUCGAUGGAGGAUACCGAACUUCUCGCUGAGCGAUGGACUCGAUACCGUAUUGGGGGACUGGUCGGUCUGGCAUGGCUGAUUCAGCAACUAUUCGCCCUGAAGAGUUCCCUCCCAAGCGAAUUCGAUACCCUGUUGAAAAAGGAGGACUUGUGGAGCUCACUAGCAUCAUCGUCAGACUUUGAUUCUGGCUUGCUGGGACAAGGUCAACCAGCCGUACGACGAGCAGCGUACACUCUCCUUGACACUGUGGUAGAUCUCUACCCUGACGUAGUAGCGGACAAGGACGUACUUCGUGUACUGUCCAAUAUGGUUUUGGGACAUUGCUGGGAUGAGUCGGAAGCGACGGUGUGGGAAUCUGCCGGACCUGCAGUGGUCAAAUUUCUAAGCAGUGCGUCCAAUCUACGUACGAGCCUCUCUGAUAGCCGUCAGAAUGGCGACAGCCCAGAGGAUUUGGCAUCGGAAAACGAUGACGGUGAGGAAGAAGACGACCAGAAAUCAGAGACAACCCCAGAAGACCGUCAACUCGUUGAUCAACAAGGAUCACCUCAAACCACCUUGACGAGAUUCUUCCAUUAUAUAUCUACUAUAUGUCCCACACUUCCUCAUCUUUGCUAUCCAUUACUGCUCGUUAUCAUCUCGACUCUCCCUCCUUCUUUUCUCCCUCUCGAGGGCGAACCUUCAGACGAAUUGAAGAGUCUUUUCUCGCACCUUUGGUCACCGGUCGACGCCCGUCUACUGUCAACUACGUCAAUCGGGUCCCAGUUAUCAGCAUUUCAAGCCUUUUUCAGAGAUGUGGUGGACAUCACCAGUUUUCUCAUCAGCAAAGCGUUGAAGACUGACAAUGGUGCGCAUUCGGUGAACUGGCUUGUGACGGAACAGUUUGGCGUUCGUAUCUGGAAAGAAGGAGUGUUGGAUAUGGGUGGUAAAGCCGUCAGACGUGGGGCCUCAGGAGAAGCUGAAGCUACUAUCUUUUCCCAGGCUCUAUCCCGGCUUGUUGUGACGUCGGAGGAUUGUGCACGGAAAGCGAUGGAGGUGGUGUCAGAAACUCUGGUAGUAAUGUGCCUAGGCGAGACCGCGGUCGAGUUAGAAAAGGCUCUCAUGGUGCUACCACGAGCCUUGCCCCUUCUGUCAAUUCUAAAAGAAGGACACACUGGGGACAUCGUAGCGAAGAUGGUGGACGAAAUAAUCUCGUCGCUGGCUUCCGGAAGCUUAGAGAGGCUUUUGUCCAUCUCUGUGGAGAAGCCGAAGUUGGCAACAACAUACACGACUUUUCUGGUCGAGGUGCUCCGAACACACCCCGCCUUGGUGACAGAGGGCACUAGACACUCAUUAGCCGAUACACUCUCGAAUGACCCACAGAAAUUCCUACCUCUCAUAUCCACCGAUCUCCUUACGGCAUUGUAUGAAGCCACCAGCCGUAACACGGAUUCCACCACGUCACAUUCAAUACAAGAAGCUUUCAUUGCCCUCAUGACCUCCAGCGAUCUACCUGAAGAGAAACGUUUCGCCAUGGCUAAGAGUGUCCUGUACUUGGACGAUUACUUGCUGUCCCUGGCCGGCUCCAUGGACGUCCUCGUCGAAAAGGCCACUCAGUCGGCGCUUUCAAUACCGACUCGAAUCUCUGUACCAUCCGAGCUUGUGGUGCAAUACGUCAAGCGACCAGGAUUAUUGUCCGAUGAAGCUAUCGCCACUGUCCUCGCUCUCGUCUGUACGCAUAUACAGAACGCUGUGAGUGCAUUGUUGGUAGGCGACUCGACCGCUUUCUUUCCGGUGGCUGCUCUUUCCAUCUUUGUCGCGUAUGCUGAGGAUCACAUGGAGACAGUCUUCGAUUCGGACAUCCAGCGUCCUGCCCUCAUUGCCUGCCAUCACUUGGUCCAUCUCGGCCCCUAUCUACCAGUCUCCUCGGAUCUCCCAGCUUCCAUCGAUAUCCGGGGCAUGACUGCCUCCCUCGAUUCAGAAGAUCAAAUGGUCUUCAUCCGCACAGUGCUUUCCAGCUUCGCUUCUAUGAUCGGUCAAGUCGAAUGUUGUAUCAAGCCCGAAGUACUCGUUGAUGUAGCGCUCUCGCCGAUUCUCAAUAUCGCACUGCCUGUGACACAAGUUGCUGAGGCUCUUCUUCCAUCCGACUUGCUAGCCCAAUCGCGUAAAUACACCUCAAGUCCACCCAAAAGCAUGCUACCCGUGCUGGACCCUCUGGUCCCUUACGACGCAGAAUCGGGCUACGUUUUGGAUUCACCCUUCGAUUCUGAGGGCCAGACAAGUAUCGUUCGGUUCGUAAAAGCCUUGUUUUCACUCUUGCGAGAGGACCGACAACUGGUCAAGUAUCAGCCGUGGCUUCUGCGAGUCAUACUGGAGGCCUGGAUAAUCUCUCAAGACGCAUCGGCGGUACAUGAUGCUUCUCGAAGUCUGUACUCUCCCGACGUGUCGACCGGGGUUUUGAAGGAUAUCGUGCGAGAAUCAGAAGGGGCAUUGUCGUUCGUGCUUGCGGAUAAUGAUUUUCCAAACUGGUCUUCAUUGACCAUCUCGUAUCUCAAAACCGGCAAGGGUACGCCGACUACUUUACAAUGGCUCUUGGGCAAUUUACAGCAAGACAUAAUCCGUACUAGCGGCGAUGUCCCCUCUCGAAUCUUCCGCGACGUACUAGGACGACAAUUACGCCAUGCUGGGCUCAGCCAGGAAGAGCACGGGCAAUGGAUGUCGUAUGCUGUGGGGAAUGCGAAGAAAAAUCCUCAAUUAGCCAUGGCUAUUAUUUUUGCUGCUAAGCCUUUUUUACUCGAAAAUAAGGCAUUCGCCUUGGCUCAAAACCGGUUUGCCAACGCAGUCACUGCCAUACGAGGCAAAGAUAUAGAUCCCGCGGGGAUGUGGGCUUUACGUUUGCUCCUAUCCACUGCCCCUCCUCCCGAUGCCGCGGCUGUUUUCUUACCUCAAAAAAGAGCUUUGUUCGUCCUUCGACAUGUAGACUUAUGGAUGGCCGAAGAUGAGGAAGAUGAUUUACCUUAUGGAGGGGACUGGUUGAUAGGUGAGCUAUACAGAGCUGUGGUGCCCAUUAUUCAGGAUAUACCAGGAAGACACUGGAGUAAUAUUUUUAAUAGAAUAGAUAGCUGUUUAGGUGAUCGAUUGAUGGAACAUGAUUUUUCAUUUUGUCAUAUAUAUCAGGGGCUUGUCCUUGUUCAACAACUCCGAGAUCUGUGUGAGACAAAUAAAUCCCUUCGUGACAUAUGGCAAGAGAAGGAUCACCACAUGAACUUAGUACUCGAACGAUUUAUCGAUUGUAAACAUGUUAAACCCUUAUCAUUGACUUCCAAGCCAUUCAAAAUGAUCCAAGAUGUCAUGUUGGAUUUAUUAUCGGACGUGCAAGUUAGCGUACGCAAUGGAGCUAGCGUGUCGGAUUUAUGUGACGUGAUCAGUUCGAACAGCUCACCAGCUGCUCAAUGCAUUGCCUACCGGAUUUUAAGCGAGGUUAUCAAGGAGAAAACAAUCAAUUUGGUUCUUCAAGUGGAAGUCUCUGUAGCCGAAGCUCAAGAUGGUCAUCUCACCCAGACUAUCAAUCUGCCUCAAGAGUUGAUCACCCUUGUUGCAUCUGGAGUUAGGAUAGAUUGGUACACGGCUAGUAUACCUUCUGUACUUGGUCAGCUUCUGGCUUGGAUGGCAAUUUUAGAUCACUUUGACGAUGCUUCACGAACAUUGCGAUGGGCGUAUCUCGAUCAACUGAAUUCCUCCGACUUGUUGGCUAAUUCUUUAUUACCAAUGCUCUUCACCAUGCUGGGAGUAUCCGAAGUGGGUUCUUGGAAUUUCCCAGCGAGUCAAUAUUCUGUUGACGAAUUUCACCUUGACCUAUUUGACCCGGAAGAAUUAUCAGACCUCACUCCACUAGCUUCUCAUCUCUAUUAUCGUUCUCUUGUCACACUCCCUUCAGCUAUGAGAAGUUAUUACGAAUCCCUCAAAGAUCGACAACUUUCCAUGUCCAUGUUAGCAUUCACAGCGAGACAUUAUUCAUCUAUUAUCAUUCAACAUGAAUUCUCAGCUCUUCGUUCACCUACCGCCAUGAGUCAACUUACAGAUGAAGGAUUGAGCAUCAGAAUUGCUCAAGGAGGUGGUACAAGUGUAUCAGGGACUAGUGGAGCUGCAGAAGCUAUAGCUAGUUAUGUUGUGGAUGAACAACCUAUGGAAAUUGGGAUUAGACUUCCUGCGGAGUUUCCAUUGAAAGGUGUGGAAGUUAGAGAUUUACGAAGGGUUGGUGUACCGGAAAAUAAAUGGAGAGGAUGGUUAAUGAGUGUUCAACAGACGAUUACCUCCAGGAAUGGAUUGAUGUUGGAAGCAUUGUCAGUUUUCAAAAAGAACGUUGCGUUACAUUUCGAAGGUGUAGUAGAAUGUGCUAUUUGUUAUUCGAUCAUCUCACUCACUGAUCGGACACUCCCAACGAAACCCUGCAGGACAUGUAAAAAUAGGUUCCACGCUUCAUGUUUGUUCAAAUGGUUCAACUCUUCUCAUUCUUCCAGUUGUCCAUUAUGUCGGUCUCUUUUCUAAGUCUUCUCUUCUCUCUAUCACAGUCUUCGGAUUGUCAGUACCGAACAUAUCGGCUUGGGUAAAUCCGAAGAUCGUGAUCACAACCUUUCGGCUUGGGUAAAUUAGACAAGUGUCACAUAGUGCAUAGAUAGACGUUCCUUGUAAUUUUGACAAUACAACAAUGCAUACAUAAAUGUCAU